GAAAAGCGGAUUAUAAUUCCUUGUUUUGAAACCCAGAGGGUGGAUAAUCGUGGAUUACUUGGUGAACGCAAGUGGACACCUGGUCGAACUAGAGCGAUGUCUGUCGCGGGGCUGAAAAAGCAGUUCCACAAAGCCACCCAGAAAGUCAGUGAGAAGGUUGGAGGAGCAGAAGGAACCAAACUUGAUGAUGACUUCCUUCAGAUGGAAAAGAAGGUGGACACCACUGGUAGAGCAGUGCUGGACAUCAUGACCAAAACUACAGAAUACCUACAGCCCAACCCAGCGUCCAGGGCCAAGCUGAGUCUAAUAGGGACCAUGUCUAAGAUCAGAGGACAGGAGAAGGGGAUGGGUUACCCCCAGGCUGAGACUCUACUGGGUGAGGCCAUGCAGCGCUUUGGACGGGAGCUGGGAGAACAGUCAUGCUUUGGUCUGGCUCUCCUAGAUGCUGGGGAGAGCAUGGGUGAGCUGGGGGAAGUGAAGGAUGCCCUGGAUAUGGAGGUCAAACAGAACUUUAUUGAUCCACUACAGAACCUACAGGAAAAAGACAUUAAAGAGAUACAGCACCACCUGAAGAAGAUGCAGGGACGCCGCCUGGACUUUGACUACAAGAAGAAACGUCACGGUAAAGGAGUCCUGGAGGAGGAGAUCAGACAGGCGCUGGAGAAGUUUGAUGAGUCCAAAGAAGUGGCAGAGCAGAGCAUGUUCAACCUGCUGGAGAGUGAUAUUGAGCAGGUGAGUCAGCUAGCAGCGUUGGUCCAGGCCCAGGUGGAGUAUCACAGACAAGCUACAGAAAUACUACAGCAGCUCUCCACCAAGGUGCACGAGAGGAUUCGGGAGGCACAGGAUAAACCCAGGAAGGAGUAUGUUCCUAAACCCCGGAUGGUCCUGGAGCUGCUUCCCUCCAGCGACAGCCACAAUGAGGGGCUCAACACCGCCCCAGGCCCCGCCCGCUCCCCAGUUCCUAUGGACCAGCCGUGCUGCCGGGCGCUGUAUGACUUUGACCCGGAGAACGAGGGUGAGAUGGGAUUCAAGGAGAUACGACGUCAUCACCUAACCAAUCAGAUCGGGAGUACCCUCCUGAGGGGCAUGAUCAACGGCCAAUCAGGUUUCUUCCCCAUCAACUACGUAGAUAUCCUGGUUCCACUUCCUCAUUAG